AGAGAUGUGCCCUUCUUUAGGAAUAAGUCGUAUUACCAUCCGAUCACCGAUCUUUGAAAUUUGAACCAAUCCAAAGGACCAGAGUCAGUAAAUCCCUCCCUACACCAGGCAACACCGUACCGCUUCUCCUCGUAGACUGCCAAUUUUGCUUACCACAGACAAACACAGGCCUAACGCGUCCACCGCUCCUGUCUAAUGUAAUGAAAACAAACUUUCCUUUCAUUUUUUUUUUAGAACUUAACCAUCCCCUACAGCUAACCUCGGGUUACUUCAUCUACCAUGGUAAUUAAUAAGCUAGUAUAAAUAGGGCGCCAAUCUGUAGCAGAAGCUAUAAAGUACCUGAUAUCGUGAAAAAGAGUGAUUAUCAACUUAUCAGGUUGGUGAAUUCUCCUUUAGUUUAGUCCUACCCAAAUUCAGAACCAGAAAGAAGAAUCUCAAAGUUUGUAAAAGAAAAGAAAGAAGAAGACAUGGGAAGCGAGUCAUACGAGGAGGCGAUUGCAGCUUUGUCGAAGCUUCUCAGUGACAAAGCUGAUCUCCAAAGCGUCGCCGCCGCAAAAAUCAUGCAGAUAACGGCCGAGUUAGAGGCAGCUGCCGACCCCAACCAGUUCGACCCGGUCAAGCGGAUCGAAACCGGUUUCCUUCACUUCAAGAAGGAGAAAUAUGAGAAAAAUCCUGAUCUGUACGGUGAGCUUGCCAAAGGCCAAAGCCCCAAGUUUUUGGUAUUUGCUUGCUCCGACUCUCGAGUCUGCCCCUCUCACAUCCUGGAUUUCCAACCAGGGGAGGCUUUUAUGGUCCGAAACAUUGCCAACAUGGUUCCACCGUAUGACAAGACAAAAUACUCCGGAGUUGGUGCGGCCAUUGAAUAUGCAGUCCUGCAUCUGAAGGUGGAGAAUAUUGUGGUUAUUGGACACAGCUGCUGUGGAGGUAUCAAAGGGCUCAUGUCUAUCCCAGAUGAUGGGACCACUGCUAGUGAUUUCAUUGAACAAUGGGUUAGCAUCUGUGCACCCGCAAAGACUAAGGUGAAAUCAGAAUGUAAUGAGCUAAGUUUCUCGGAGCAAUGCACCAACUGCGAGAAGGAAGCUGUGAAUGUAUCUCUGGGCAACCUGUUGACAUAUCCAUUUGUGAGAGAGGCUGUGGUGAAGAAAAGCCUUGUUUUGAAGGGCGCACAUUAUGAUUUUGUGGAUGGAAAGUUUGAUCUCUGGAAUCUCGACUUCAACAUUACACCCACUUUAGCUGUAUGAGCAAUUUGCAGUUUUCCCAUUAAAGUAAAAGCUCAUCUUGAUUGCUUUCCUCGCGUGCUGCUUGUAUAUUUCCUUAUGAAUACCAUUCCCAGAGAAUAAAAACAGUGGACGGCUCAUAUCUUGGUCCACUUUGUCUUUAAUUUCCUCCGUGAAAGACGAAAGGAAAAAAAAACUCCCCUUCUGAACUCAAAAAAGAAAAUGUUGAGUUAAAGAGUUGGGUUAGCGCAAGAAGUUGUUUCUUUCUUCCGAAGCAUAAUAGAAUGUUUUCUCCCAUUUUUGUAUUGACCAAGUUAAUGACGACAGAGCUUGAGAAUGAGUAUUGCAUUACUGUUACUAUUUUCUUUGGAUAA